AUGGAGGGAGAUGUUGAGUGGGUCCAACAGAUUCCGCCACUCGUGGACGACGAUGAGUCACACCUUGACCAAUCUAUGACAGAUCAACAAGAAGAGCGUCCCCGGCUACGGGUGCACAUCAAAAAGUGGCAUGCCAUUGCGGCCUGGCACUGGGAUGUGCAUGAGGACAGCUGCGGCAUUUGCCGGAUGCAGUUCGAUACGUACUGCGUGGAUUGCAAGAAGCCUGGCGAUGAGUGCCCACCAAUCUGGGGCAAAUGCAACCACAUCUUCCAUCUGCACUGCAUCUUGAAGUGGAUUCAACAGCAGGGCGCCGAGGCUCACUGCCCCAUGUGCCGCCAGCCCUGGGAGUUCAAAUAG